AUGACUACCCGAAAGCCUUUCGGAGAAUUUUUGAAAAGCCAAAAAAAUCGGCGAUUAAAAAGAGACAAGAAUGGAUCACUAUUGCAACAAAUUCCUUCUCUACUGCUAACGAGGCAUGAUGUGAAUAUUUUUUCUGAUGAUAAACAAGAUACUGCUGAUUGUACAAGUUUUAAUAAUUUCACAUUGCCAGAAAGUUCCAUUGAACAUCAAGAUGAUAUUAUUUCUGAUGAUAAUGGUGUUGAUUUUAUUCAAAUGGGAAUUAGUGACCGCGUUUUAACUGUGAAAGAUGUCGAUGUGGGUUAUUCUGUGCAAACUAAAAUUAUUGAUCCUGAUACAACAAUUGAUUUAAGAACUCAAAUAGGACAAUGGCAAUGUCAAUAUAACAUAAGUCAAGCGGCCACCGGAUCUCUUUUAAAAAUGCUCACUAAUGUGAACUCAGUUGAUGAGCUAAAAAAAUUACCUAAAGAUUCACGUACACUAUUAAAUACACCUCAAACUACUUUCACUAAGGGUUAG